GCCUGCUACCUCUCUUCUCCCGUAACCCUACACAGCCACCACUGCACGCUCGCUCGCAAGAGCUCCUGGUGAGGAGGUCCGCUCCACCGCUUCACAACAUGCGGAGGCGAGGCCGAUGAGAUCCCCACCGGCGACGAGCCCCCGCCCCCUCGCGAUGCCUCCCGCGCAGGAGAUGUGCCACCACUACUCGCCCGUGCCCCCUCGCAACGCUUGCUGCGCAAACGCACGCCGUGCAAGGGGUGCGCCACCGCUCGCCAGCCUCCGGAGACGAGCCCCCGCCCCCUCCAUGCCAUCAAUCGACUUCUCCUCCUCCUUCAAACCGCCACGCCGGGAGCACCGCGUUGGGGAGCACGGAGCACCCGCCAGUCCGCCACGGCUGCGGCUAGCUCCCACGAUGCAAGGGCGAGGUGCAGGGAAGAUGACGAUUCAGCAGCAAAGCAAGCUACCGGCGACCUCCCAUGAGUAUAUCUGCCUUUCAUAGUUGAUCUACUCUACUUCUGCAGUUCUCGUUGCUUGAUUUUGUGUGUUCCCCACAUCUCCUUCAUGAUUAGUGUUUCCCCUAUGCUUGAUUACUUGCAUCCAAUAGAUGGCCUCUCCAAAUUUGGAUAGUGCUGGCGCAAGUGCUAGUCCUAGCAUAGGAUCUGUGGCCACUGGCCACAACCACAACAGACAUUAGACUUUCACAAUUUUAAUUUGCAUUAUUAUUUAUUUAUUUAUUAAAAAAUAGUAAAACGUAUCCGCAUAUCAUGUUUUUUGAGAAAUUGCCGUAUCCAUAUAUCCGUAUCAUUCCGAUACCGAUACACGUAUCCGUAUCCGUGCUGCAUAGCUGAAAGCAGCACCCCUCAUCUGGUGGAGCUCGGUCGAACUGCCGAACUGGUGGUGAUGGAAAGCUGAAACUAGCAACGAGCUCCUUUCUCUCCUGCAGGCUGCAGGACAUGAGGUCCAUGGCUUAGAGCUCGCAUCGCAUGCCCUAAAUUAGAAACGACGUGGCGCACGGAUGGCCAUCGGAUGGCUGUCAUCUGGCCGCCGAGGGGCUCGUUCGACUCGCAGGUGCUCACAGCUCGCUAGGGACAAACAAGACGCCGUUCUUAGCCGGCCAAUCAGAUGGAUCAGAAAAAUUUUAGAGAGAGAGAGAGGAGAGAGAAAGGGCCGGCUGGCCUCCAUCUCUCUCCUCUCCCGUCGUCCUUGUACCUCCUCUGCUCAUUUGGCAUCUGACCUGCUCUCCAAACACCAACUCAACCAAUUCUGCCGCCCCAUCACCCAGCCAUUCCAAUCCCUCCUCUCGCUCCGCGUCUUUAAAACGGCCACCUCCAGGGGCCACCAUAGUUGGCCACCCACCUCUCCCUCCUCCUCCUCCGGUCUCUCUCCAUCUCUCGUUCCACGGUCGCAAUGGCCAAGCCGCGCAAGAACAGCGCCGCAGCAGCAGCAGCCAACAGCAACAGCGCCGCGGCGGCCGGCGGGGACGCCGGGGUGCGCGUGAAGCCGAAGCGCACGCGGAAGAGCGUGCCCCGGGAGUCCCCCUCGCAGCGCAGCUCCAUCUACCGCGGCGUCACCCGGCACCGGUGGACGGGGCGGUUCGAGGCGCACCUGUGGGACAAGAACAGCUGGAACGAGUCUCAGAACAAGAAGGGCAAGCAAGUUUACCUCGGCGCGUACGACGACGAGGAUGCAGCGGCGCGGGCGUAUGACUUGGCGGCAUUGAAGUACUGGGGCCCCGACACCAUCCUCAACCUCCCGGCGUCCGCGUACGAAGAGGAGCUCAAGGAAAUGGAGGGGCAGUCCAGGGAGGAGUACAUUGGAUCCCUGAGGAGGAAAAGCAGUGGGUUCUCGAGAGGUGUCUCCAAAUACCGGGGCGUCGCGAGACACCACCACAACGGGAAAUGGGAGGCGAGGAUCGGUCGUGUUUUCGGGAACAAGUACCUCUACCUCGGCACCUACGCGACGCAAGAGGCGGCGGCGAUGGCGUACGACAUGGCGGCGAUCGAGUACCGGGGCCUGAACGCCGUCACCAACUUCGACCUCAGCCGCUACAUCAAGUGGCUCCGCCCGGGCGCCGACGGCGGGGUGGCCGCCGCCGCCGCCGCGGCGCAGAACCCGCACCCGAUGCUGGCCGGCCUGGCGCAGCAGCAGCAGCUGCCGCCGGCGGACGCCGUCGUCGACGCCGCCGCCGCCGCGUUCCAGCACGACCGCCGCCGCGCCGAGUUCCCGCUGCCGCCGAGGACGUCGCUGGGCCACACGCCCACGACGUCGGCGCUCAGCCUGCUGCUGCAGUCGCCCAAGUUCAAGGAGAUGAUCGAGCGCACGUCGGCGGCCGAGAGCGGCACCACCACGUCCUCGUCCUCGUCGCCGCCGCCGCCGUCAGCGCAGGCGCAACACCAGGCGCCCGGGGACGGCGGGGCCGCCUCGCCGCAGUGCGGCUUCCCCGAGGACAUACAGACCUUCUUCGGCUGCGAGGACGUCGCGGGCGCCGACGUGGACGCUCUCUUCUUCGGCGACCUCGCCGCGUACGCGUCGCCGGCGUUCCACUUCGAGCUGGACUUGUAGCUCGGCGCCCUCGGUUGCGCUAUAGGCCUUGAUUACCUUUAAUGCGUAAUAUGGUUUUUUUGUCGAUAUAGGAGAAUCGGAUCACCAUUGCCAACCAAGAAAUGAAAUGGUGAGCCAAGCAAACAAGAGGAGGAAGUAGCACAGCCAGACAGCACACCUAGUCUGUCGAGACAUUUACAGUGGUAGUGAGAUUUACUGAACAAUUAAGAUUGUAUUAUUUUUUCAUCACCUUGGUAACCGAGGUAGAGUGAGUGAGUGUGUGAGCGAGAGCAAGAGAUUGUUUCAUUUGUUUCAUUCCUGAUGAAUCCUGACAGAAAGGAAAACAGCAACCAUAUACAUACAUAUUCAUAAACAUACCUGAUAAUUUGUUUUCUCCUAA